UUGUGACUUUUUGUGAGACUUAAAAGUACCCACCAUCAACAUUUUUGUAAGCCAGGUUUGACCUGGCUUUGACUUGCAACAUUUUGGAGGGGUUUAUGACUUUUUGAUGCCUUUUUGCGACAUUCACACAUCAUAAAGUUGCUUAGUCUUCCACAUGCCCUGCUGCUCUUCACCAGCUGUCAGUGGGUUAAAGAAUCGUAGAAUGAAACUGGGGUGCGCCUUUCUAUCCUGCUUGUUGCUGCUGUGCUUGGUCAUACCUGAGACUAAAAGCCGAGUACUGCAGCCAUCCAUAGACAUCAGAAGUCUAUUCCCUAAAAUGACAACAGCUGCACACAGGAGAAGUGAUCCUGAUAUUGACCCAUCAUGGUACACUGGCCGCGGAAUCCGUCCUGUGGGCCGGUUUGGUAGGAGAGGCACUACCUGGGAAGACACUCGGAAUUCGAUGUACAGGCCACUGAGGCAGACAUGUGUGCCAAUAGAAGACAGCGCCGAGCUGAAUGACGAUAUCUAAAACCUCAUGUGUCCUGGUGUUAAGUCAUUUUUGCCUAUGUAUAUAUUUAGGAGAUAACCAUGGCCUUUGAAGGGGUAUUCCGGCCAUGGACAUCUUAUCCCCUAUCCAAAGGAUAGGGGAUAAGAUGUUUGAUUGCUGGAGGUCUGCCGCUGGGCCCCCCUGCGAUCUCUGUGUAGCACCCACAUCCUAUGCCGGGCUGCUGCUCCAGUCUUGGAAACCUCUGUGCCUCUGGGACUGGAGACAUGAUGUCACGCCAUGCCCCCUCCAUUCAUGUCUAUGGGAGGGGGCACGCCCCCUCCCAUAGACAUGAAUAAAGGGGGCGUGGCAUGGUGUGACAUCUCCAGUCCCGGAAACACAGGUUUCCGAGACUGAAGACUUUGGAUAGGGGAUAAGAUAUCUAUGGUCUGAAUACCCCUUUAAAUUGUUCAAUCACUAGUGAGAAGUCUCUGUCAGAGACAUCUACGUUACAAAUUGAAAUUAUAUGCUAUAUUCAUAUUCUGUUUUUUUUAAUCUUUUUAUUAGCCACUCAUGUAUACAAUAUGUAUUUAUUUUUUAUUUAUUAAUGAAUUAUCUUCAAUAUCACUGACACUGUAGACCUGUACAAAGAAUGCAUCCACAUUGGUCACUGCCUCCUAUGAAGCUCAUAAUCUUAUAUCUGUCUCAAGUAUACUCCCCAUUUGAGGGCCAAUUUUUUAUAUGAGAAUGGUAUACCCUGAAGUACCUGGAGAAAACCCAAAGGACCAGGGGCCUCUUCAAUCAGCAGGGGGUUAUGGGGGUCAGACCCCCACUUAUAACCUAUUGAUGGGUUAAAGGGGUACUCCAGUGGAAUUUUUUUUUUUUUUAAAUCAACUGGA